GAGUUUGACUGUUUGACAAAUGACAACAGUUUUCGGGGAAAAAAAGUCAGCCUGUUUUUCUUUUGAUAAACAGUUCCUUUUUCGAAAACACAAAAAUAAUGGUGGGCGCAAUGCCUGUUAACUUAAUACCAAAAUUUUGCAACGGUACCAUGGAUAGCCAUAAUGGUACCGAGGAUAGCGACAUUCAAGUUCAUAUCGGUAGUCGUGUAAAGAGUAAUGAUGAUUUUGGUACGGUGAAGUAUAUUGGUGAAGUGCAAGGAUAUAAAGGUGUUUGGUACGGUGUUGAAUGGGACGACCCUGCGAGGGGAAAGCACGAUGGUUCCGUGGAAGAUGUCCAGUAUUUUAAGACAUCGAAACCUGGGGCUGGUUCUUUCAUUCGUCCUAAUAAAAUAGCGCCGUUCAAGACUUGUGCUGAAGCUAUCAGGAAAUAUUACGGAGAUCGUGAGGAUGAGACGGUGGCCGCACACCGUAGGACGGUCAUCAAUGAAUGGAAACGGGAGAUGGGAGCUCCGUUCAUUGAGAUGGUUGGCUUUGAGAAAAUACAUCAGAAGCAAAAGUUCGACCGCCUUCUCGAAGUGUGUGUCCACGACCAGAACAUAGCGAAGCCCGGCGACGUGGCGGCGCUCUGCCCCAACGUCCGCAGUCUGGACGUGUCCCGCAACCUGUUCUGCAACUGGCGCGAGGUGAUACAGCUGUCCGCGCAGCUGCCCGACUUGAAGGAGCUUGAUGUUAACAAAAACCGUAUGGCCAUAGACAUGCCAGAAGAAACAUUGGCCCAACUAUCAAUCAAUUUCGCCAACCUUGAGAAGUUAAACAUCUCGGUUUGUGACUACGAGUGGGCUGACAUCGUGUCCCUAUCCCACUUGUGGCCAAAACUCAACGAGAUGAUAGCAGCAUAUAACCGAAUCAAGAAGAUCAUCCCACCAGCUGUGACACUACGGACUCUAACCAUUCUCAGACUUGAUGGCAAUCCUAUAGACUCCUGGUAUGAAGUUAUGAACCUUGGCAUGUUGGAAAACCUGAAAGUGCUAAGUUUGAACGACUGUCACUUAUUCGAGAUACGCUUUAAUGACAACCCUGCGGACAAAGUUGAUGUGUUUGAGAAUUUGGAAGUGCUGUUCUUGAAUAGAAACAAGAUUAAUGACUGGCGAUCUCUAAGCGAACUGAACAAGUUGAACUGCCUCAAGAAGCUCUACUUCUUAAAGAACCCCAUACAAAGCACUGAGGAUUACGACACCGGCUCACAGAUGAUCAUGGCUAAGAUUGAAACAUUACAGGAAAUAAACGGCUCAACUAUAACUCGUGAGUUGCGUCGUGGCGCGGAGUAUGACUACAUGAAGCGCUACGGAGCGGAGUGGAAGCUGGCGCAGCUCAGCCCCGCGGACUUGGCCGCCUUCAACCAAGAGCACUGCCGGUUCACUGACUUAAUCAACAAAUACGGAAUCCCAGACGACAGCCUCCUAGUGAAACAACAGAAAAAUCUAACGCUCACAUCACAACUCUUAGAAAUCAUACUAAAAGACGAAAACGGCAAGUCAUUCAAAAAGAAAUUCCCAUCGUCCAUGUUCGUACAAAAGCUGGUCACACUCGCGCAAAGGCUCUUCCCUAGGUCUGGCUACACUGGGCCCCCAACCCUAUACGUCAUCGACGAACAAAUGAAAGGCGCAGAAAUAUGCCUUGACAACGUCAUGAAAGAUCUCGCAUACUUCUCAGUCAAAAACGGAGACACAAUCCUUGUAAAAUUCAGAUAAUUAUUCUCAGAAUAAAUACUUAACAACUGGCAACACUAAUCAGUAUAUUUUUUACCAUCUGGCAACAAAUCAGUAUGGUUGUUGAAUUUAAUUGGCUCGCAUUUUAAUGUAUUUAUUUAUAAAUCAUAUUGAGCUUUGUAAAUAAUGUUAUGUCGAAAUUGUACCUGUAUUUAUGGUGAAUAUUAUUUUUCUCGAAAUAAAUGUUCAAUUAUGUAUUUUUA